AUGUCUCCCGCUGUUCUUGAACCAGAGACCGUCCCUAUGACUGUCAGGGGCAUUCACAAGUUCUACGAACCUGCCGUUCUUCUCAACGCCCUCAACUUUACCGAGAGGGAGGCAGCUCCGCCUGGAGACUUUGACGCAACAAUUGACACAACGGAUCCGCGGCAGCUUUUCCAAGCCUUUGUCUACAAGCUGGGACACGUUUGUGACAGCAAGAAAGGCAACUAUGGGGCAACCAUCACUUCGUUCUACGUCUUGAAGGAUGAAGAGAAGGACGGUGCUGCUCACUACUGGUUCACCUCCAACCAGAGAACUCCCAAGGAGCUGGAGACUACGGCUGAGUACAUGAGGGAGCUUCUUGGCAAAGUUGGGGAUCCCGAUGAAGAUCUAGCCAGUCUCAAGAGGGAACUUCUUUCCGAUAUCCUAUGGUUCAAUCGACCAAGGCUUGAGUACUACUUUCGUCAAAUGUCCGACAGGGCAAUCAAGUGUCGAGACUCUUGCCUAGACACGAACGACGAUGAAGACACGAGGCUUGCAACUAAGCUGUUGGAGCUCCCCAAAUUUAUCGACUUUGAAACCUCGAGAACAACCUCCAGGCACCACUUUGUGCAUCUAGGCGCUAGGGCCAUUAAGCUACUCGAACAGCUCUGCCGCUCACCAGAAGGCAAGAUAAUGGCAGAGCGAGCCCGAGAAGGCCGCAAGUUUGGAGUCCCAAGCCAAGAAUGCUGGUCUGACCUGCAACACAUGAUCAACCGCACGACUGCGUACUCCGAGUCGGUGCGGUUCAUUCUGGCUGCAAAGAUCAGAUGGCCUGGGCUAUUUGACAAGUUCAAAGUGUCAUUUAUCGAGUCGAGUCAGCGGAUGGAGACGCCCUUUCGCAACAAGAGCCAGACUGCCGACGGCAUCGUCGGGAGGAUGACUAGGAAGCAGAAGAUGAUUGACACCUUUAGGGCGUUUACCCGCGACCUGCAGAAGUUCAAACUGGACGACCUCAUCAUGGGGGUUUGGAAGGAUCCCAAUUUCCGGCCCAUUGUGCAUGCCGAGGUGCUGCUUCUCGACCAUCUUGACAAGAAGGGUCUCCUGGAGCCACGAUUCUUCUUCAACGAGUGGAUGUACAUUGGCAGCAGCAAGCCGACCUGCAAGCUGUGCCAUCACUAUUUCACACUUCACCACGUCCCAAAUGUGGGACAUCGACACUCACACGGAAACCUGUACCUGCACUGGCGCUUCCCCGACGUGCUCAGGUCCCAAGGCGAGAUGGGUAUCCAAAAGAGACAGAUAAUGGUCGACAGGGUGCUGGAAAAGGUUCGCAAAGAGGCAUUCGAUAUCGUAUCCAGAAAGGGGACGUCAAGUUACAAGGGCGAUGACUCGUUCACGUACUCUGCCGCGAUGCCCGACAGGUCGACUGUUGCGGGCUCGGUUGUCGGUCCUGACGACUUGGCUUCGAUGAUUGGGCAUAUGGACUUGAGUGAUAGAGCUGGGGACUUUGACUGA